UACUCCAGUUAUAUAAUUGAUAUCACUCUGUUUCGUAUAGUAGAACUUCUAGUUUUUUGUUGUAUCGUAUAAUUACUAGAAUCCAUCAUCACCUUUCCCACCACUCACACAAUCUUUAUCUUUCUAAAUUUGAGGGGGGGCAACAACCAUAACAAUUACAUAUUCCAUCAACCCGUUAUUUAAUCUUACUACUGCAGUAUCUACUUUACUCACCAUCGUCAUAUUCAUUCAACUAUUUUAACUCAAGAUGUGGAAUUAUUUUUUUGGAGGUAAUCCUCAACAAAAGAAGGAACUCCCCAAGAGAGCCAUUGUGGAAUUAAGAGAGCAUAUUCAAGUUUUAAAUAAAAAGAAAUCUCAUUUGGAACAACAAAUGAAUGAUCAAGAUGCUACAGCCAGAAGAUUCCUAAAGACAAAUGCUACAGCUGCUAAAAAUGCUUUAAAAAAGAAGAAAGUUUAUGAAGUUAAUUUAAUGAAAAUUGAAAAUCAAAUAGAAUCAUUAGAAACUCAAUUAGGUGCUAUUGAAGGUGCCAACUUAAACUUGGAAACUAUGAAGGCCAUGAAACAAGGUGCUGCUGCCAUGAAACAAAUACAUGGAGAAUAUAACGUUGAUAAAGUUGAAGAUACUAUGGAUGAUAUUAGAGAACAAGUUGAAUUGGCUGAUGAAAUAUCAGAAUCAAUAUCAAGACCAGUUGGUAGUGAAUUUGUUGAUGAAGAUGAAUUAGAAGCUGAAUUGGCUGCAUUACAAGAAGAAGAAGCUGAAAAGGAACAAGGUGCUAAGGCUCCUGCUGUUAAAGCUCAACCAGUUGAAGUAUUACCAAGUUUCCCAACCGUUAAUAAAACUCAACCUCAAGCUGCUGCAACUGAAGAUGAUGAAGAUGAAGAAGCUUUAAAAGCAUUACAAGCUGAAAUGGGAUUAUAGAAUGAUUUUCCAUCUUUCAAUUCAUAAUAAUUUCAUAUUCAUAAUUUUUGCUUUCUCCAUGAUACGUUUCAUAAUUCUUUGAUGUCAACUAGUCUUUUUCUUAUCCUUUUUAUCCAUCUUCCUAUCAAAUAAUCUUUACUUUUUGAUUCUAUAUUAUAUUUUUAUUAUACUUUUACUUAUUUCUAUUCUAUUCUAUUCUAUUCUUGGGUUUUAUCUUUUAUUUAGGCAUACUAUUUACACAUAGUAUUAUCUUUUAUUAUAAACAUAUAUUAUAUAAUUAAAUUGCCAUACUUCCUCUGUAUCAUAUCACCAGAUA